CAUUGUAAACCACCACAAAUGCUUAGUUUUAUCGCUGUGAGUCUGUGACGUGCCCUAAUAUUUCGGUGAUCUGCGCGGUAGCUAGCACAAUUGUGUGCACUCUCAGUACCAUUACGAUCGAAACCUUCUUGUAGUUGCAGAAAUGGCGGUAGCUUUAGCUUCCAGACUCUCCAAAGGACGUUCAUUGCUUGGAGGUCUUAGCAAUGCUUUCUCUGGUUUGAUCAGUUCCUCUAAUGGACUGAUGAAUGGAAGCAUCCUCUCUCAGCAAAGGACAUUCGUUCAAAUGGGGACGAUCCUCAAAGCCGUGGAUAACUCGGGUGCAAAGGAAGUGAUGUGCAUUCAAUCCCUGAGGGGAAAGAAAGGAGCAAGACUUGGCGAUGUCAUUGUUGGUUCAGUCAAAGAGGCGGCACCAAAUGGUAAAGUGAAGAAAGGCAAGGUCGUGUACGGUGUGGUUGUGCGUGCUGCGAUGCAGAAAGGGCGUGUUGAUGGAAGCCAAGUCAGGUUUGAUGACAACGCUGUUGUAAUUGUGGGCGUUAAGGAGAAGAACAAGAAGAAUUCGGAUGGUAGCAAGAAAAAAGUCGAGUAUAACCAACCAACUGGUACCAGAGUGUUUGGUCCUGUCCCGCACGAGAUGCGCCUCAGGAAACAGCUCAAGAUCCUUACUUUAGCUCAGCACAUUGUUUGAGACAAUAAAUUUCACCAACCCAUCACUUAUAAUUAUCUCUCUAUGCGACUCUAACCCAUUCAUCAGUUGGUUUAUGGCUAUUUAAGUUUAACUAUUUUUUUAUAGUUCUAAAGACUUUAGAUAUCCCUAUUAUAUUCUUAAUUCCACAA